CCCAGUGUUGCCAGCGACUAUGGCUGAACCUCGACGAGAUUCUGUGGCUGCAGGUUAACAUUGCUGCUUGCUGGAGAGGCCAGCCGUGAAAAUGGCUCAAAGAUUUCCUCAUGUUCGCACGGUCGCCAUUGUUGGAGCCGGUGCGGGCGGGCUGACGGCAGCAAAGUAUCUGCUUGCAGAAAAGUGCUUCGAUAAGAUCGACAUCUUCGAACAACGUAAUCGGGUCGGUGGCGUUUGGAAUUACUCGCCUGCGAGCGACAAAGCUCGGUUAUCAAUCCCGAUUCCUCAAGAAAAUGCGAAUCUCCCCGUCGAGGAACCUAUUUGGCAUUCACAAGGAUCGUAUGAUGGCUCCGAGACGUCCGAACAAAUUGCGACAUUUGUUUCCCCGCUAUACAAUGGCCUUGAGACUAAUAUUCCGCACACUUUGAUGCAUUAUUCGGAUCUGCCCUUUGCGAAGGAUACCCAACUUUUUCCAAAGUUUGAGACUGUGUUUCACUAUCUAGAAGAAUACAGCCAAGCGGUUAAACAUUUGAUUCAGUUCCAAAUCCAAGUUGUGGAUGUUAGACUCGAGGACAGACUAGCUGGUACCUGGGCGGUUACGCGAAAAGAUUUAAGAUCGGGUGUAUCCCGAACGGAUAUAUACGAUGCGGUUGUGGUUGCAAAUGGUCAUUAUAAUGUGCCCUACGUCCCUUCGAUUACUGGAAUAUCAGCAUGGAACAAUUCUUACCCCGGCAUUAUAUCGCACUCCAAAUCCUACUGCUCUUCAGAGGCAUUCCGAAAUAAGAAGGUCAUCGUGGUGGGGAAUUCGGCAUCCGGAAUUGAUAUUGGCGCUCAGAUCAGCAAGGUUUGCCGUGCGCCAUUACUUUCAUCCUCAAGAUCAGAAUCGUACUUUACAUCCAAAGCCACCGAUGAUAGAACAGAAUAUCCUCCGAUAGAAGAAUUUUUACCACCUGGGAGACAUAAUCGCGCAGUGCGGUUUGCUAACGGCGUAAUAGAGGAGAGCGUCGACGCAAUUGUUUUUUGCACCGGAUACCUUUAUUCAUUUCCGUUUCUUUCGACCCUUGAUCCACCAGUGGUGGAAGAUGGCAGCAGAGCACUCCGGGUAUACCAACACAUGUUCUAUAUCGAGCACCCCACGCUCGUGUUUCCGGUUUUGAACCAGAAAGUCAUUCCGUUUCCUGUGGCAGAAGCCCAAAGUGCGGUCUUUGCGCGCGUGCUGUCCGGAAGACUCGCUCUUCCUGCAAAAGAAGAUAUGUAUGAAUGGGAACGGUCUAAUGUGGCAGCAAGGGGCGCUGGAAAGAGUUUCCAUGUCCUUGCUUACCCGCUUGACGCUGAGUAUCUAAAUUUCCUUCACGAUUGGGCCGCCAGUGCGGAGACAAGACCGAGCCUCACCCGCAACGGGCAAGGUAAAGAAGGCCCGUGUUGGGGCGAGAAGGAAAAGUGGUUGAGAUCACGAUUCACACAGAUCAAGCAAGCAUUCGCGGCACGGGGUGAAGAAAGACAUUCUUGUUGCGUUCCAGAAGAUCUUGGGUUCGAUUUUGAAGGCUGGAAGAGAGAGCAAGGGACAGGUUAGAUCACAUAAUCGUCUUCACUCCCUAGGUGACUGGUUCAGCCUGCAUUUAGAGUAGACUAGAUUUAUUCCCGGAAAGGUGAAUGUUUUGUAGCUCAAAGACAUAAUAAUACCCAGUUUUGGAUCAAUGCCA